UUCACUGCAGUGGUAGAAAUAGAGGCGAGUGGGUCUCAUCUUCCCAUUCUGGAAAACCUGAAGAACACUGUUCUUCCCGUGGAAAACGGACACUACUUACCAGAGCCACCCACUUACGGAAGCCAAACUUCAGGGUUUUGGUUUUGUUUUUCUCAUGCCCAGAAGGUGUCUGGAGAACCAAAGAGGACUGACUCCUGAGGCCUGAUACUCCAUCAUCUCCACCUGCUGGUGCAGCUGAUCUGACCUGAUGGCUUUUGGCUUCUUAGAGAGAAUGACUGAGGCCCUCUGGCUCUUGACCAUUUUGAGUGCUGUGGAAAAUUCAGAGUUUGCAAAGUUCAAAUGCCAGAAAGAAGUAUCUGUUUGCAAAGAUGACCAGGCUGAAAUGAUCUGCAGCAGCACCAAGGACUUUGAUGGUAUAAAAUUGUAUUUCCCUAACGGCAAGGCCGAUGAACAACUCCUCUUCAGCAUGACCACAGUAGGAGAGUCUCCACAUCAGCAUGGGAUGUAUCUCAAAUUUAAAAUCCGAGAAGCCACAUUGGUGAUUCCGAACACCCAAUUUUCCCAUCGUGGAACCUACCGGUGGCUUCUUUCAGGUCGAGGAUCCUCAAAUGAACACACUACGCUACAUGUUUCAGACGCUCCUACAAUCUCCAAGGAAAAUGGCAGCCUAAUCUGCCGAGCACAGCUGGUAAAGGCAGGGAGAAGAAUCAUCUGGUCCAAUGACCUGCCAACAGAGCUGACAGAGGUCACAUCCAAUCUGGAUGCCACAGGCCUAGUCAAUCUCAGCAGUUCUCAACUUUGGAAAGCUAGUUUUUCUAGUAAUCCACCGUGCUGUAAAGUUGUGGACGAGAAGGGCUUCCAAGAACUUUGUGCAAAAACUUGCUAUAACAGUGCCAUCAUGGAUGAGAUCUCAGGUACUCCAACAACAGAUCAAAACAAUACACAGCAGCCUAUAAUAGCAAUUAUAUUAAUUCCUGUUCUGAUUUUGGCUCUGAUUGUGAUCUACAGAUGUUUAAAAAAGAGACAGUCGUCAACUAUUCCUACAUCCACGACUCUCCUCUAAUUGUAUUACUUUCUGUCAUCCAAGAUACUUCACACUUUGUGGACUCCCAAGUAUACUAUAAUGUCUACGGUUAUUGUGGAAUAGGCUGAAACUGAUGAACUCUGAGUAUAGAUUGGAACAUUUUUCUUCUUUUUUUUUUUUUUUUGCAACGUGGCUAAUAAAUAAAUGUUUUGCCUGACUUCACCUGUAUAAUUUAAUACCUACCUUAAUGGGUGUGAAGAGCUGACAAGAGGGAGAGAAUUUGGAACUCAAAAUGUAAAAAAAAAAUGUAAAAAAUAAAUAAUUAUUUUUAAAAGAAAUCAGCCUGCAAAUUCAACUUUUCGACUACUCUAUCUUUUGUCAUAGAAUGUUAGAGCUAGAAGCAAAUUUAGAGCUCAUCAAAUGUUGCUUUUAAAAUUCUAGGUCCACAAUCUUGAUCCCAGAGAAUCUAUGGUAAAACACAUUUUGAUUCCUUUGGUAAGAGAAAUAAGGGGCUACAAGAGUGGAAUGUUGCAUACACUAUUAGAUGUAGUAUUAUCUAUUUUGUUGCAUUUUGUCCAUUUUAGCUUAACUGAUUUUCUUUGUUAGAAGGGAGGGCUUAAUGAGGAUAAGGGUUACUGGCAAACAGUUAUGUUGUAAAAAAAAUCCACCAAUAAAACUUAAAGAAAAACUCUUGA